GCCAGUCACUGUCACAGUCACAGUCAGGGCACCGAUAGUGCCAUCUCCAACAAGUUAUCGGAAAACAAUCUGCAAAAGACAUGUCAAACAAAAUAAGCGAAUAUUUUGCGAAUGAUCCGCCCAGUUUCUUCGAUGAGCUGGCGAACAAACCCAAGCCCAAGGAGUUGCCAGCAGAAGGAGGUUCCACCAGCAGCAACACCAGCAGUUCCGGCGCAAACAUGAUGUCCAACACCUUCACCGGAUUUUUCCAGCCACCUGAGUUCGUUGAGACACCUGAGACAGGCGAGGACGCCAUAAAAGUCACGGACGAGGUGCGAAAUCUGUGGGAGCUGCCGCGGGAAAACGAGUCGGCCAAACUAAUAAUGCCGGGCAUCCAUCUGCAAAAUGACCUGGCGGAUCCCAUCGCUGUAGCAGUUACCCAACACCUCGGAGAGGCCGAGUUGUCCUAUCGCAAAAUCCUCCGCGUCGAUGAUGUCACACAGGACGAGCGCGGAUUGAGGACGCUCAUCCACGCCGGCUGCUAUCGCACAGCUGUCAAUCUGACUGGCCGCCUUUUGACCAUCUACGGCCAGGGAUAUGGCAGGUCUGGUCAGCCGGCCAAGCACUCGCCGCACUCCCUGCAGCUGUGGUUCACCCGCCUCGCCCUCCUCGCAAAACUGGGCGAGUUCGAGCUGUUGAGCGCCGAAGCAGAACCCUUUGGCCAGCUCCGGAGCGCCGACGUCUUCUACGACUUCUAUCCAGAGAUGUACAAUGGCAAGAGCGGAUCCAUUGCCUGCUUCUCGUUCCGGCUCCUGCUGGCCGAGCUGCCCAUUUAUCUGGGCAAACCGCACAUCGCCCUGGACAGGCUUUCGGAACUCCAUGUUACCAGCCGGGAGAUCAAAGAGCACUAUAGCAAUCUGCGCAACAAGGCGGCCGAGGAGUUUUGGCAAAGGCGAUGCGAGAGGGUGUUGCACUCGAUCAUCAACUGUGGAUUGAUGAUGAAGAAAUUCAGUAUGAUAGACGACAUAAUGGAGGGAACCCUUCUAAAGCGAUCUAACUUGAGCAAGGAGGACCAGCGUUCGUUGUACUCCGCUUGGGGACGCAUUUACCUUCAAAUUGGUGAUAUCUUCGGGGCAGAACAAAAGUUCGCCGUCUCAAGGAGACUGAGGGAAAUUAACUCCUCGCCUGACCUGAGGGACCUGGUGGAUAAGGGCCUGAUAGCUGUGGCCAAGAACGAUUUCCCCGAGGCCUAUGUGAUAUUCCAGAAGGCCUUGCACCUGGACAGCGGCAACACAAUGAUCCUCAACAACAUGGGAGUAUGCCUUCUGUAUGCCGGCAAGCUCAAGGAUGCUAUAAACCUGUACGAACGCGCCAUCAACCUGAAUCCCCAGAAAUCCCUUAACGAGAGUUUGCUGGUCAAUCUCUCCACUUUAUACGAACUGGAAUCGAACAACUCCAAGGCGAAAAAGUAUAACCUUUUGCGGCUAAUUAACCGAUACAAGCCAGAUCUCAACAUAAGCAUAGAAAUUUGUCUAAAACUCCAGACGAUAAAUUAGCAAUAAACAAUUGUUAAACAUUCCAAAAAGAA